AGAGCUACAGAUGGAAAUUUUCUAUUAUGAAAAUACAAAAAUCGAGGUAUUAAAGCUUUAAUCAUAAAAUAAAUAAUUAAAACUCCAUACGUGUGAUACUAACUUUUAAAAUAACAAAACGGCACUGCAUAGACCCUGGAUCCAUAAACCUACAUGGAUCCAGGUUCAUGUUAUAAUUUGCGGGAACAAUACGUUACAAAAUUGGCUUGUUCAGACUCUUCAGUCAUACCCAGCCCAAACUGAUGUUAUAUUGGCUGAGGUGGAUGAGUGGGGCCGUCAACUUAACAGUUAGAGGCUGACGUGGCAUGAGAGGAAGGAAAAUUAUGGCAGUGGAGGGAAAUUUACCGCCAAGAAAUUAAGGUUUAGGUAUCCUUCACGGAAAAAGUGCCAGCUGGACCCCUCAACUGUAGUCCUUUUCCCUUAUUUUAUUACAUUACUUUCGACUCCAAGGAGUCGUAAUUGCCUCUCUGUUUCUCCUGCUUGCCAUUAAAAGAGGAAUCUAACAUAUUUUCCGUACAGAGAUUUGAGCUUGUUCUUACCGGAAAUACUGCUGCUAGCCUGCUGCAUUUCGCAAUCCUCGCAUCUGCUGCUACUUUCGGUGAUCUUCUCAACUAUGGCUGCUUCCUCUUCCAUAGUACCUGGAUUGGAGAAGAAGAGGUAUGAUGUAUUUAUUAAUUACAGAGGUGUGGAUACCCGGAGUAAUUUUGUUAGUCAUCUUUAUAAAGCCUUGACAACGAAAGGAAUCUUAACAUUUAUUGACGAUGCACUGUUGAGAGGCAAGGAGAUUUCACCAUUCCUUCUGCAAGCAAUUGAGGAUUCGUCAAUGGGUAUAACUGUAUUUACACAAAAGUAUGCAUCUUCACCGUGGUGCUUGGAUGAACUUGUGAAGAUGACUCAGUGUAGGAGUACACAUAGGCAAAUUAUUAUACCAGUUUUCUAUGGCGUAGAUCGAUCCCAUGUAAAAGAGCUAUCUGGUGAGUUUGGAAAUGAAUUUAAGAGACUUAUAGAGACAGUUCCUGACACGGACAGGGUGGAAAAAUGGAAAGCUGCUCUUCCAGAAGCAGCUAGUUUAUCAGGAUGGGUUUCAGGCACAAUCGGGUCUGAUGUAAAACUUAUCGAUGAGAUUGUCAACGAUGUGCUGCAGAAGCUGAAUCUUGAGACAUCAGGUGUUACUCAGGGACUGAUUGCAACAGAAUCAUCCAGAGUACUUAUGGAGGAAUUAGAAAAUGAGGAGUGGCUUUCUCUGUUCGCCAGCUUAGUUAUAGAGGGUUUAUCUGCUCUCUUUGAACAGCUAGACCAUGCCUUACUGGGUAUGGUGAUGGCUAUUGCAGGCUUGCUCAUAUGUAUGGUUGAGCUCGCUUUCAAGGCCCAAAAGGAACAAGUCAAUUGGGAGAGAAGGGGAUUGUUGCCAUGGUUUUACAGCUAUAACCCCCAAAACAAGCUGUUUGGAACCACUGUGGAAUACUUUGGAUUAGUUGCUGCAAUAUGGCAAUGCUUCCAUUCUACCAUAGGAUAUAUCUAUGCUCGCCAGAAUAUGAAAAAUCCCAUAACAAUGACUCUAACAAUGUCCCUCUUUUGCAUUUGUCUCCUCAUUUCCAAACUUGUAAAGAAGUACUCAGUGGUGUCGCCUCGACAAAGAGAUCCCUGAAUUAGUCCAAUAGAUCCUUGACAGAAUCAUCUUUGUAUUUUUUUUUUUGUAACCGCAAAAUGCUUAAGUUUUUAAUCAUCCUUUGGCUAAACUAUCUGUGCUAAAAUGAAUCGACUUCCUAUAA